AUGCUGUUGAAGAGCCCUGUCAGAAGACAUGUGAAACUGAUUCUAGCGCAAUUGUCUUCCGCGGAGCUUAUUGAUCAAUCCUUGAAAGCUGCGGUAGCUCUAAGACAAUUGCCCGUAUAUCGCGAUGCCUCGACCAUAGGAUUCUACAUGAGCAUGGAUGCUAGCGAGCUAAAAACCUCAUUGAUGAUUAGAAAUGCUUUUGAAGAUGGUAAAAAGGUGUUUUUACCUCGUUGUCAUUUUCAGCCUACUCUAACAGCAUUUUCAACCACCAGGGAUUACUCGAAGAGUGCCAAGAAGAACCAUUUAGUAUUCCAUCAUAUGCCGUCACUUACCCAACUAUUGGAAAUGAAACCUCAAGGGCCUUACAAAUUAAAAGAACCAUCAGAAGAUUUGCCUGAUUGCUUUUCUCCUGAAUUCGGAGGAAUAGAUUUACUAAUCAUGCCGGGAGUGGCAUUCUCAAUCAACACUUCGGGGGGUGUAAACAGAAUAAAAAGGUUAGGCCAUGGGGCUGGGUUUUAUGACGAAUUCGUUGCCAGACAUAAAAAAUAUGUUGACGAUUAUAAUGAAGCACAUUCCCAAGAAAAAAAGUAUCCAUUCUUGUUGGGAGCUUGUCUCAAAGAACAGUUAGUAGAGGACGUACCUACUGACGAAUUAGAUGAGGACCUUAAUGGUUUGUUGAUAACAGACAAAUUUCAUCAAUUGUAG